AAGCACGUAAGUAGACACUGUCCACUGACAGUAAGGUAGAUAUGAUCAUGGUUCAUUCAAAACAGGUGAACAUUAAAAAACGAACUUCACUUUAGCCGUUUGUUUUAUGUACAGUCAGCAUUCACAACGUUGUCCCUCGCGUCUGAAUCCGACUUCACUGUUGUAGCCUACCGUGCUGAAAAGUUCCUAAUUCUUACUCACCUGACUGUUGAAUCAGACCAAGGACCGCUAACCUCAAGGACCGCUAACCUCAAGGACUGCUAACACCGGGUACGAAUAUGGCACCAUGGAUUAUUCAAAUUGCCUUGGUGGCAAUGAGUAUCUUAACCGAAACUACUGAAGGGAAAAAAGACAAGGUGCUGUAUUGUUCAGCAUGCAGGGCUAUUGUUGAUGAGCUCAAUUAUUCAAUCAGUCAGAUUGAUCCAAAGAAGACUAUCCAUGUGGGAGGCUUCAGACUCAAGCCUGAUGGGAGCCUGACUGAUAAAAAGGUCCCUCUUGCUAGGUCUGAGUCCAACUUGAGUGAGCUUCUGGAUGGAGUUUGUGGUAGCAUGAGUGACUAUGCUCUUCAUAUGGACCCAGACACCAAGAUAAAGCAAUACAAAAGAUUUGCUCCAAGAAGUUCUGAUGCUGGGGAUUUUCCUGAUUUUAACAAUUUCAAGUUUGAUGGCCCAGAGGGAUCCAAUGCCCUAAAAUUUGUGUGUGAAAGCAUUGUGGAGGAGUUUGAAGAUUAUAUCAUCUCUCUCUUUGCCAAAGAGACCGACCAUGUGGUCGACAAGUUAUGCAAUGAAGUAUCAGAUCACUGUAAAGGCACCAAAUUCCAGAGUGAUGAACUAUAGUUUUACAUGCAUCUCUGCUGCCGAUGACCGGACCAGUUUAGAUAUAUAUUUCAAAUGAAGAAAAUCAUUCUUGAAGGAUAUUGUAUCAAUCAACUUGAAUACAUAUAAAUAAAGUUUUCUAUUUUGAAUUGA